ACCCCGGAGCGCGCGGUUCCGCUAGCGCUGAGUUCCGCGCGCCGGACCGAAGUGGCGGUGGAGGCCGGUGAGUCCCGAAGGGAAAUGCCACUCCCUUCCCCGGCUCGCCGACGGCGGAGGGUAGAGACGGUGAGAGCUUCUGGUUCCUUCUUCUCCACCCGCGGCGUCGGUCGGCUGGUGGAGACGCGCGUGGGGUGACCAGGGAGGCGGGGAGGAGGAGAGUACUGCGGCAGGUGGAUGUCAACUGUGGCGUUAGGGGGCCCUAGCUGCUGUGUCCAACAUGUUCAAUAUGAAGUUAUUAGUAAUUCUUCUGUUUUGGGGACUUGUCACUGGCUAUAGAGGUAACUCUUCCUAUAUCUUGGUACCUCAGUUACUUCUGGUAUCUUUUGACGGUUUUAGAGCUGACUACCUGAAGAACUAUGACCUUCCUCACCUCCAGAGCUUCAUCAAAGAAGGUGUCUUGGUGGAACAUGUUAAAAAUGUUUUUAUCACAAAAACAUUUCCAAACCACUACAGCAUCGUGACAGGCUUAUAUGAGGAAAGCCAUGGCAUUGUGGCCAACUCCAUGUAUGAUAACAUCACAAAGAAACAUUUUUCUGAAUCCAACGAUAAGGAUCCAUUUUGGUGGAAUGGCGCAGUGCCUAUUUGGGUGACCAAUCAGCUUCAGGAAAACAGAUCAAGUGCUGCCGCUAUGUGGCCUGGUACUGAUGUGCCCAUCCACAAUAUCACACCUUCCUAUUUUAUGAAUUACAACAGCUCAGUGCCCUUUAAGGAGAGACUAAAUAAGGUUACCAGUUGGCUCAGCAGUUCCAACCCACCAGUCACCUUUGCAACGCUCUAUUGGGAAGAACCAGAUGUAAGCGGCCACAAAUACGGGCCUGAAGAUAAAGAAAACAUGCGUCGGGUAUUGAAAGAAGUAGAUGACCUUAUUGGCGAUCUUGUCCUAAAGCUCAAGGAGUUAGGAUUGUGGGAACACCUUAAUGUGAUCAUUACAAGCGAUCAUGGGAUGGCUCAGUGUUCUAAGAGCAGACUGAUAUAUUUGGAUUCUUGCAUCGACCAUUCAAACUACAGUGUUAUAGACUUAACCCCUGUGGCUGCGAUUCUUCCCAAAAUAAAUGUAACAGAGGUUUAUGACAAACUGAAACACUGUAACCCUCACAUGAAUGUUUACCUCAAAAAAGCUAUUCCUAACAGAUUUUACUACCAGCACAGCAAUCGAAUUCAGCCCAUUAUUUUGGUUGCUGAAGAAGGCUGGACGAUCGCACUCAACACGUCAUCAUUAAAAUUAGGUGACCAUGGCUAUGACAAUUCCCUGCCUAGUAUGCAUCCGUUUCUUGCUGCCCAUGGACCUGCCUUUAGGAAAGGUUACAGGCAGAGCACCAUCAAUACUGUGGAUAUUUAUCCAAUGAUGUGCCACAUCCUGGGACUAAAACCACAUGCCAAUAAUGGAACCUUCAGCCAUACCAAGUGCUUGUUAGUGGACCAGUGGUGCAUUAAUCUCCCAGAAGCCAUUGGAAUUGUUGUUAGUGCACUGUUGGUAUUAACCAUACUAACAGGCCUCAUAAUAUUCAUGCAGAACAGAGCAUCUGCAUCCCGCCCAUUCUCCCGCCUUCAGCUGCAGGAAGAUGACGAUGAUCCUUUAAUUGAGUAAUUCACCGUGUCUUAUUAAUUUCAAAACUAAGGAUCCAUGCAAGGAGUGGUGUUACAGCCAUAAGAAGGAAUAUUUCAAAAGAUAAGACACACAUGGCAAAAUUACUCUGGGUGUGUGUGUGUGUGUGUGUGUAUGUGUGUGUGUUUGUUGUUUUGGUGUAUCGCCUGAUGCAAAUAACCCUGAUGGUAUUAGAGUCGCUGGUAAAUCAGUUUAAACCACCUGUUUCCCUAGCAAGACUAGCCUUUGAGAAAAAACUCUGGGUCCUCCUUCCUCCUUCUCUUCCUUCUUUCUUUCCUUUUUUCCUUCAUUCCUUCCUUUUGUCUUUUCUUCCUUCUUCCUUCCUUCUUUCUUUUUAAUGAAAUAUAUCUUUAAAUGAAAAUAUACCAGGAUUUAAUAGGCAUGCUUUUCUAACAAGUUUAUAUAUUUGUAAAUGACACAAAACUAUUUAUGUAAUUUAUGCAUUUUGUGUAUCCUGGAGAAAAAAUUGCAUAUAUUUUUAUAUUUGUCUUUAGUUAGUGUGUAUCCCAGGAAAACCCUUGAAGUAGGAAAUUCUGAGAUAGUUAAUAAAACUGAUUAGCGACAUAGCAUAAGUGUAGCAUACAAAGAAACUGUUUUAAAUAAAGCUGCUAAAAACAAACAAAACCCAAGGACAACUAUGUAAGCCGUUGACACCUCAGAAGUUGAGUCUGGGGCUGGACUUGGUGAUGCACACCUGUAGGCAGGAUGAAGCAGAGGGCCCUGAGAUGGAGUCCAGCUUGGGUUACAUAACACCUUGUGGUUUUCUUUGUUAAUUUAUUUGCUUUAGUUACAUUUUUAGAUACUAUUGUUAAUAAGGAGUUUCAAAAAUUUGUGUUUAACGUCUCUGGCUAAGUUGUGUAUGCCAGCGUGUUUGUAUGAGUGAGUGUGCAGACGUCAUAUGACAUGUACAGGGGACUGGACUCUGUGCCAGAACACAGCUGUCAAGAAAGGUUCAGCUCGAGGAAAGGCUACUUCUUGCAGACCUUAUGUGUAUACUUUCACCAACUCAAAACUUAAUAUCACAAUUAAAACAUCAUAUUUUUUGUUACAAUUUUCAAUUCUCAUGUUUAUUGGAAGUGUUCGAAUGCUGUAAGAAAAAAAUAUGGCCUGAGUAUAAAGCUGCAAGGUCAGGACUUUUGUAUUGACCUUCUGGUCUUGAAUGUGCCUUCUGUGCCGUCGAGUGGUAAGACGUAAGAUGGAGUUCAGUGCUAAGGGCGGAGCAGCUCCAGCCCUGCACUGCCUGCCUCCUCACCUGACUCAUCGUGACCCUGAGAACCAAAGAGUUGUUGUGAAGCACUGUCGUCAUUCGUUCCCUCCAUAGCUGGGUACUCAGAACCAGAGCUAUUAGAACAGCCUGUAUAAUGUCCAUUAGACAACAGACCACCGCUUCCUGUUACUGGUGUGAUCUUCAGCGCUCUGACAACAUAAAGCAAACUUGGUUAUUGCUUUCAGAUGCUCUACAGUAAGUACGCAGUGCAGUUAGACACUGAUGAUCUGUGGGGAUCGGAGACGUUUGUCAGCCAUCUUAGAUCUAUUGUGCUGUACUGGCUCACUGCGAACUUCCUUAAAGUUUGAUGUCUGACGCUUCGUCGAAUUGGGGUUUUGAGAGGCAUUUCCGUACUACAUAUAUAAUCUAUGCUCUUGGUCACAGAAUGGCUGAUUCAGGGACAGGAUAGGACUGAUUUUGUUCAUAAAUGUUCUGAUUUAUUUGUUACAUGCAAUAGUGAUACUAAGGGGUAAAGAGUUGAUCCAGUAAAAUAAUAGAGAAAUCCCUGCUUAUUUCAAUUUCCAUUUAAAAAAAUAACAAACUGCCAUAUUCACUUUGAAAAAAAAAAGAGUGGGUGUUUUUGAACCAUCUACGAGCAGUGUUGAAGAUACCCUAGUUCCUACAGUGGUGUGGAUUCCAGUGACUCCUUUACCUCCACUGCACCUUAUACUUGGUGUCCACCUCUGGAGCAGUUUUUUUUUUAAAGGAUGGGAGAGAAAGGGAUGCCCUGUCAGGGUCUUAGCCCUUGCAGCACAUGUAUUUAUUUUGUAUUUUAUUUUGUUCUUAGAAUACUAGAACUAGGUAAGAUUUUAUAACGUGCUUAUUCAAGAGACAAAAAUAGUAUUUAUUUAAUCAAAUAGAUUAUCAUAUUGAACUUUCUGCUAAUUUCAUUUGUAUCUUUGAAAAAAAAAAAAAAAAGAUCACUGUUAAAACCCAUGGCUGCAGUUUUGCUCUGAGAAAACCUUUUCGGUAAAGGUAGCCUUUGACAUAGAGGUUUGGUGUGUAUGUUGUAAAGCAUUCACUAAGCCUGCUCUGCUUUCUGUUCAGGAGAAAAUACAUGGCUUCAGGAAAUAUUUAGCUCUUAGUGAUAGUACCCAAAGAUAACAGGAAAGUGUUUGUCUGUGUGGUUUUGUUACUUGCACUAGUCAGCUCAGAACUGAGUACCUUGACUUUCUAGUAGAGGACCAGUCAUGUCCCUGUUAAACACCUAUCAUGCAUGCUCUUCUGUAAAAUCCAUGGAGUAUGGCAAAGGCUCGCUGGCAGUGCUGCCCAGAAGGCUUCCUUUGAGAACCCACAGGUAAAGCCUUGGGAUGUUAAAGGAUCAAAUGCCUUUGCACUGAUCUUGGGUGUAUCCCUCUCAUGCCCACCUGGUAAGCUUUAAGGAUGGUUGGCUUUAAUUCCUUUUAUGAAGAGUGGUUCAUUUCGUUUUUAACAUUACAAAUGAAGGACAAAGAUUAGGUAUAUAAUGUAUUUAUUGUCAGUUCUCAAAAAGCCUGUAAAUACAGUGAGUAUGCUGUAAGGAAAUUUGCAGUGCCUUAAGUUAAAGGAAAUGAAUUGUUUCAACUUGUAGCUAAUGAUUUUGUUUAUGAUUAAAAUGUAUGUAAAUAAAGUCUACCCAGACAAA